AUGGAAAUUAAAUUCCUUCUCUAUGCAGAUGACCUGGUGCUGCUGUCACCCACUGAACAGGGGCUACAGCGGCAUCUGGACCUGCUAGAGCAGUACUGCCAGAACUGGGCCCUGACAUGUGGUUGGUGGCUGGGUGUGGGUUUAUUCUGGCUAUCCCUCUGUAGUGUGGUUGGUGGCUGGGUGUGGGUUUAUUCUGGCUGUGCCUCUGUAGUGCGGCUGGUGGGCGGAUGGACCCGGUGCGAGGGCCGGGUGGAGGUGCAGCACGGCGGGGUCUGGGGCACGGUCUGUGACGAUGACUGGGACCUGCUGGACGCCAGCGUGGUGUGUCACCAGCUUGACUGUGGUGCGGUCCUGGCCCCGGCCAGCAGCUCCGCCUUCGGGAAGGGAGACGGGGCAAUCCUAUUGGAUAACGUCGACUGCAAGGGCGGGGAACCGACCCUGGAUCAGUGUGGGAGUUUGGGAUGGGGGGUCCACAACUGCUACCACCACGAAGACGUGGGAAUCACUUGCAAAGACAACUCCCUGCUAUCUGCACAAGGGCAUGAAAACAGCACAACUCCAUCUCCUGGCAUAUCAGAGCUCGCGCAGGGCUCUGUCAGACUCGUGGGGGGGCUGACCCCCUGUCAGGGUCGAGUGGAAGUCCACUCCCAGGGGAAAUGGGGCACGGUGUGCGAUGAUGACUGGGGCCUGCCGGACGCGGAUGUGGUGUGCCGGCAGGCGGGGUGCGGACGUGGUGUCACCGCCACCGCCAGCGCUUACUUCGGCUCCGGCACCGGCCCCAUCCUCCUCGACAACGUCAACUGCCAUGGCGACGAGGAGCGGCUGGCGGCCUGCUACAGCCUGGGCUGGGGGGUUCAUAACUGCGGCCACCAUGAGGAUGCCGGGGUCAUCUGCACAGGUAGCUCCGCCCCCGGCCCGGGGCGCGACCACAACCUAAAAAAUACCCAGGGCAAGAGACUGGGGCGGGGUCUGGAGGCAGUGGUGGAGAGGAGGAUGAGGGACAAGAUGAAGAUCAUCCUGGACAACCCCUCCUGUCCCCUUUAUGAGGAGCUGUGGCAGAUGGGCAGCACCUUCAGCCACAGGCUCACCCCUCCCAGGUGCCAAACGGAGCGGUUCAGGCACUCCUUUGUGCCAACAGCCAUCAGACUGUCCAACAGCGGAGCCAUCCGGGUGGUGAAUGGGAGCAGCGGCUGCCAGGGCCGUGUGGAGCUGUUCCACGCGGAGCAGUGGGGGACGGUGUGUGACGACGGCUGGGACCUGCCCGAUGCGCAGGUGGCCUGUCGGCAGCUGGGGUGUGGGCCGGCCGCGGGCGCCAAGGUCCUGGGCUAUUUCGGCUAUGGCUCGGGGCCCAUCCUGCUGGACAACAUGGACUGCAGGGGAAACGAGGAGCAGCUAAUGGACUGCUUCCACCUGGGCUGGGGACAGCAUAACUGUGGCCACCAUGAAGAUGCAGGCAUCAUCUGUUUGUCAUUGGAAAGCCUUGCAGGAGCUUCACAUGAAUUUGGCUCAACGGCAAGGGCGGUUACUACAGAAUUACCAGCGGAGGGGCAGGUGAGGCUGGUGAAUGGGACCCACUGGUGCGAAGGGCGUGUGGAGGUGUUCCUGGAGGGCCAGUGGGGGACGGUGUGUGAUGACGCCUGGGACCUGCCCGACGCCCAGGUGGUCUGCAGACAGGUGGGCUGUGGGAAGGCUAAGGACGCCAAGGAUGAGGCCUUUUUUGGAAGAGGUGGAGGCACAAUCUUGCUGGACAACCUCAAAUGUAGGGGCGAGGAGGCCUCCCUGCUGGAGUGCUCCCACGUACGGUGGGACGUGCACAACUGCGAUCACUCAGAGGACGCGGGUGUGACGUGUAUGCUGUGGUGACUCGACACAGCCAAACCUCCCAGCCUUCUCUCCUCCGAAGGGAACCCAGGGCCGUUACACCCUCCUACUGAGGGAACUCAAAAACAUCAUACUCUCCUACUGAGGGAACCCAGGUUCUUCACACUCUCCUCCUGAAGGAACCUAAGUCCUUCGCACUCUCCUCCUGAGGGAACCCAAGUCCUUCACACUCUCCUACUGAGGGAACCCAGAGCCGUCACACUGUCGUACUGAGGGAACCCAGGUCCUUCACACUGUCCUACUGAGGGAACCCAAGUCCUUCACACUGUCCUACUGAGGGAACCCAAGACCUUCACACUGUCCUACUGAGGGAACCCAAGUCCUUCACACUGUCCUACUGAGGGAACCCAAGACCUUCACAUUGCCGUACUGAAGGAACCCAAGUCUUUCACACUGUCAUACUGAGGGAACCCAGGUUCUUCACACUGUCUUACUGAGGGAACCCAAAACCUUUAGACUCUCCUACUGAGGGAACCCAGGACCUUCACACUGUCCUACUGAGGGAACCCAGGUCCUUCACACUCUCCUCCUGAGGGAACCCAGGACCUUCACACUGUCCUACUGAGGGAACCCAGGACCUUCACACUCUCCUACUGAGGGAACCCAGGACCUUCACACUCUCCUACUGAGGGAACCCAGGACCUUCACACUGUCCUACUGAGGGAACCCAGGACCUUCACACUCUCCUACUGAGGGGACCUAGGACCUUCACAGCCUGUGUACAGUCCCACAAUCCUCCUGAGGGAACCAAGGACCUUCACACCCUCCUCCUGAGGGAACCCAGGACCUUCACAUGCUCUUACUGAGGGAACCCAAAACCUUCACACUUUCUAACUGAGGAAACCCAAAACCUUCACACUCUCUAACUGAGGGAACACAGAAUCUUCACACUGUCCUACUGCGGGAACCCAGGACCAUCUUACUGUCCUACUGAAGGAACCCAGGACCAUCACACUAUCCUACUAAGGGAACCCAGGACCUUCAUACUGUCCUACUGACAGAACCCAAGACCUUCAUACGCACCUACUGAGGGAACCCAGAACCUUCACACUCUCAUACUGAGGGAACCCAGAACCUUCACACUCUCAUACUGAGGGGACCCAGGAACUUCACAGCCUGUGUACAGUCCCACAGUCCUCCUGAGGGAACUAAGGACCUACACACUCUCCUCCUGAGGGAACCCAGGACCUUCACACUGUCUUACUGAGGGAACCCAGAACCCUCACACUCUCCUCCUGAGGGAACCCAGGACCUUCACACGCUCUUACUGGGGGAACCCAGGACCUUCACACUGCCCUACUGAAGGAACCCAGGACCAUCACACUCUCCUACUGAGGGAACCCAGGACCUUCACAGCCUGUACAUUUUGUUGAUAGCACCUCACAAAUUUUGCAAUGAAAGCAAAUGUGCUAUUGUGAUCAGCAUUGUAUGUACAUUAUUAUAAGUAAAUACACUGAUCAGUCACAACAUUAAAACCACCUGCCUAAUAUUGUGUAGGUCCCCCUUGUACCACCAAGACAGCUCUAACCAGUUGAGAGUUUUUUUAAAUAAUGUGGAAAUAAUUCACCCUCUAACAAUAUCUUAGCUUUUUAUAGCCCUGUAGCAACUAAUAAUGUAAUAAACUACCAAUAGUGUAAUAACUCCCAAAAUGUAAUACAUUUCAAAUUUGUAAUGUAAUAAAAACCAAUAAUGAAAUUAGUAGUAGUAGUAGUAGUAUACUUUAUUGAUCCCAGGGGGGAAUUUGCACUGUUGCAGUAUCAAAGACAAAAAAGUAACACAAUCAGAUAUAAAUAUACAGUAGAUACAAAUAUAUACAGAAAUCCAAAUAUACCAGAGGACACCUUCAGAGGUAGAGUCCAUGCCUUGAUGGGUCAGUGCUGUUUUGGCGGCACAAGGUAGACCUACACAAUAUUAGGCAGGUGGUUUUAAUAUUGCGACUGAUCAGUAUAUACUUACAUGUUGGAUUGUAUGUGAACAAUUUUCAUUUUUCGCAAAAGAAACUAAAGCUCGAUACUCUUUUACUUUAUUCCUCUCAAGGUACUGAAAUAUUUACCACACACUCCACGCUUUAAAAAUCUUUAAGGUGUACAGAUGCUGGGACGUAAAUAAUGUAUAGGGGGAAGAUGUCCUCCCUCACCCUCUACAACCACAAAUGUGCACACAGAGCAAGCCCAGCUGAGGACAGAGCCUUUCAGGCCUGCAUUCCGGAAGAUGCCCAGCGUACAGAUCCCAUCUCCCAUCCUCAGGCCCUUCACUCAUUACAGACACUCGCCACUCUGAUAAAAACAACAGUGUUCGCAUGAGUUCAGCACUCUUUCUGUUCUCUGCUAAUUCCU